AUGACGUCUCAUGAAGAAGGCACAAAUUCCAAAAAGGUCUUAACAGAAGAUGAAAGAGAAGCAUUUCUAGUUUUACAUACUGACUUGGCAGAAGGGGUACAGAAGCAUGUCUGUAUUCAUUGUGCAUUCUUGUAAGUUUUGCUGACCAAGCUGAAGCAUGAGUCAGGUUUCUUCAACUGUUUUGUCAUAAGUAAAGAGACAACAUGAUUGUAUGUGCUUAAACUGAGGAGAAUUUCCUGAAAAAGAAAGAAACAUAAAGGCACGAGGGAAUCUGACUACAUUUCUACAGUGAUAUUUAGAGAGGAAAACUCUAGUGCUAUGAUCUGAUACAUAUCGUUUAAAUCAGUGCGUAGACAUUUUCACUCUCCUGUGUUUUUUUCAAGUUGUACUGAUAUGCCAUUUGUUGCCAUGGCUCAGAAGGAGUCACAGAUGUUCAGUUUCUAUGAUGAAAGCAGCAAAUUUUCUCGGUCUGUCUCAAUGGCGCUGAGAUCCAACAUUUUGGUUGAAUCUUUAGAUCAAAUUGAGUUCAGAGCAUGGGACCCCUGGAUACCCACUCAUCAGAUGUCAGAGAUGAGCACUUGCCAGACCACGGCCAGAGUCCUCUGAUGAUGAUCCAGACCAUUGCAGAGAGGAGAAUGAUGACCAGAAAACUGGACCUGCACAUGCCAUCAUCAUUGCUGUAUUUCAGAGGUGACAGUGCCAGGCACCACAACAAAACAAUUAUCAGGAGCAGAUCUGGAGAGAGAGAGGAGCUGACAUUACUGACAGAUCAGCUUAUGAUCAGAACAGAUGCAGUACAUAUUGGCUUAGGGACAGUUCGCUCUGAGCAGCAAGAAGAAUCUCUGCGACAAGUUACUGCUCUUCUAGAAGACCUGUCUCAAGAGCUAAUAGAAGGUGGAAGGACCGGUAAGGCUCAGCUUGAAUCAUAUCUGAAUGCUUGCCUUUCCCAUGGUGAUGAAAGACAUGCAGAUGAAAAAUUCCAAGCUCUUGUCAUUAGCUGUGCUUUGGAAGAUCAGAAGAUAAUACGAAAGAGACUGGAAUCAAUGGUACGACACAGUUGACUUAACUUCUGUUGACCUCCAUCAGCAAAACUGAAAUUGUAGCAAUGAGAUCCACAGUAAAGACCAUUAGCUAACUAGUAAAUGCUUGCAUGUUGCUUAGAUUUGCAUAUAUGGAUGUUUUAGUUUGCUUUGUUCAUAUAUACUGAUAAAUUUAAUGUUUUUUUUCCCUUGAAAUUAGGCUUUAGUUUUAUGUUUGCCUUUUAAUCAUUAGUGUAAGACUUUAUUUUACAAGACAGAAUAAUUAUACAUUUUGCCACAUCUUGUAUAUUCAAGUUUUAUAAUCUAAAAUGUCCUUUUUGAAUGAAGAUGGCAAAAGUUCAAAAUAUAUCAGUGCUAUUUACAUUUUUCAUCAUAUUUUUGCAGUAUAGCUUAAAGAAUUAUAUAGAUAUUAGUUAUAUAUUUAUAAAGCUAUUUUGCUAAAUUGAGAAUUACAUGGCAUUUUAAGCAUUUUUGGAGUUGCUAUAUUGAUCAUGAUUACUGCAGUAAGACUAAUAAAACAUAUAAUAUCUCCAGAUGCAUGGUAUUACACUGUUUAUUCACUCACUUCCUAGCUUGUCCAAUUUUAACUUAUGUGGUGAAAUGAUAUGAAUCAUUUUUUUAACUUGUCAUGCAUGACCUAUAUCCUUGGCAUCUACAAAGUCAAGGAAAGAGUUGCGUAGGCUAAACAAAAUUUCUCAGUGUAUAUCUCCACUUAGGGUCUUGAGGCCAGAAGACUGAAAAUUUGAUUGUAUACUACUUGCUGUAGAUACCAAAGUAUAGCACUCAUUUCAUUUUUAGGUCGAAGCUAUUUUUUAACUAAACAAAUUUUCACAUUCAUGCUUUAAAGAUAACAUUCUUAAAGCUGAUCAGUGUGAUGGAGAUGUUUAUGUAUGAAUUUAUUUUAUAUUUUCACUCUUCCAUUUUGUCUGAGUCUUGACAUCAUGGAAUAUAGCACUGUAACUGUAUAGUUCUAUUUCAGGUGUUCUGUAAGAACUGAUCUGACUGCAGAAUACUAGAAUGAACUGGAAAUAACUGGAAGAAACUGGAAUGAGACUGGAUUGAAUGGCUUUAUCUUUUAUUUACCCAGAACUGUGCUGAACAGGUACAAGCCACUCCUUUACAUGCCAAGUCUUCUUGUAUCUUUCAGAAUAAAAGUCUGCAUACUCUGUAGCUCGGUUAAGAAUGGUUUAUCAUGUAUGGUGGAGAUAGAUGUCAACAAUAUUCAAAUCAAACCUUACUGUCUCUAAUAACAGUGCUGAUAAACUGCAAUGGACUGAAUUCUAAUGUCCAUAACUUCUGCACUCAUUAUACUGUUCAUAAAUUCUGUACUUAGAAUGUCAGAUCUUAUUGUCUCUAGUAACAGUGUUGAUAAACUGAAAUAGACUAAAUUAUUAUGUC